CUCGCAAGAUGGCGACCUGGGGAACCACUAUGCUGCUAAAUCUGCUCUUUAUCCAUUGCAUGACAGUAUGGGCGCUCGUCCUUGCUCAAGGAGCAGAUGAGGCAAGACUCAAAGUCUCGCUGUUCCUGUCCCGAGGUUAUUCUAAGGGUGUCAUCCCAUCGGAAAACCCGGAGGCUCCACUUCAAGUUACACUGAGUUUAAAACUGAUAAAGAUCCUGGAUUUCGACGUGAAAAGACAGUACAUUUCCUUUGUAGCAUGGCAAACAAUGAUGUGGAAAGCUGACAAUCUUCAAUGGACUCCAGCCUCUUUCAAUGACGUGAGCAGGAUUGCCGUGGCGGCCUCUCAAAUAUGGGUGCCGGAUAUUCAGCUGAUGAACGCAGCUGCACCUACGGAAGAUAUCACGACCAAUGCAAAUGUUCGACUGGCCAACAAUGGCGAGGUUAUAUAUGUUCCGUCUAAGAAAUACACAGCUAGCUGCGCCACAGAUCUUAAUGACGAGGUUCACGAGUGUAAGCUGAAGUUCGCGUCCUGGGUUUAUCCCGGCGACCAGCUGGACUUGGUAGGGGACGACCUCGACCUGACCGAAUAUAGCGCUGAUAUGGAGUGGAAAUUGCUGAACGCCACGACGGUGCGUAACGCUAAUAAAACUAUCCCUGACAUAACCUACACACUCAAGCUAAGCAGGGAUCGUUCAGCAGACGCUGGACCCGUAAGCUUAGGAGCGUCUCACAUCAUCACGUGGCAGCUAUGGAUUCUAGUAGCACUAGCUCUAGCUUGGCAGCAAUAGCAACCAUUAUAUUAAGGAAUUCAUUCGAAGUGCCUGUUUCUUAUAUGUAAACCGAUCUCAAGUGGUGCCAAAAUGGAGAUGCGUCAAUAACUUGCAUCGCCGCCAUGCAAGGGCAGUUGAGAUAGCAUUAAUUUUUUAAUAUGAUAUUAAUAUUAGACAAGAGAAAUAUGUUAGAUCUGUAUUUUAUGCUGAAGUCCGAUCUCUCAUUGGCUUCAUUUUGUUACCCCCUAAACAGUCAUACUAACCCUUCACGUUUUUCUUUAUGUUGUAAGUUGAUGCUACUAGCCAUCUGUUCAGCUAUGAUUCAUCUCUUCCAAAACCAAUCAAUUUUCCAUUCACGUGCCCUACAUAUUAUGGUAUAUUUGCUUUGUGACCCCCUACCCCCUAUCAGAAUCCUGGAUCCGCAAACGAUUACUAGUAGGAGAUGAGUUUUCAAAUUUUGAGUAUAUAUAUGGUGGAAUA